GGUUGGGCAUGGCCCAUCUUAAAUUACAGUUGCUUCUCGAAUCUCAUUUUGACACUACAAUAGGCCAUAGUCGGAAACCGCAAGGUCGCUCCGCUCGCGUCGCCGCAUAACACAACUUCCAAUUUUCACAACCACCACCAUUUAACACUUGAUCUAACUACUCAUUAGCUCACUCAUUAGUAUCAUUAUUCCCAUUUUCAAUUUUCAAUUCACCUUCUUCCUCUGCCAGAACAUGAAGCUGCUGCGUCUUCGAAUCCUCCUCAUUGCUCUGCUUCUCAUGUUGUGCGCCCCAUUUUCAUCUUCUUCCAAACCCAAAGACCCCUUCCUCGGCGUCGCCCCCGAAGAUGACGACUAUUACAAGUCUUCCGAUGUAAUAAGGUGUAAAGAUGGAUCCGGAAAAUUCACCAAGGCUCAGUUCAAUGAUGAUUUCUGCGAUUGUGCUGAUGGCACCGAUGAACCUGGUACAUCGGCAUGUCCUGGUGGAAAAUUCUAUUGUCGGAAUGCAGGACAUUCUCCUGUUUACUUGUUUUCAUCUAGAGUGAACGACGGAAUUUGUGAUUGCUGUGAUGGAACCGAUGAAUACGAUGGUCAAGUAAAGUGUCCAAAUACCUGCUGGGAGGCUGGUAAAGUUGCUAGAGACAGACUGAAAAAAAAGAUUGCCACUUAUCAAGAGGGUGUCAAAUUGCGAAAGCAAGAAAUUGAACAAGCUAAAGUAGCUAUGGAGAAGGAUGAGGCCGAACUUUCAAAAUUAAAAAAGGAAGAAAGUAUACUUAAAGGGAUCGUGAAACAGCUAAAGGAUCAUAAAGAACAAAUAGAUAAGGCAGAGGAGGAGGAGCGUUUACAGAAAGAAAAAGAAGAGAAGCAGAAAAGGGAGUCUGAGGAGAAGGCUAAUGAAGCAAAAGAUAAAGCUGAUGAAGAUACAGAGCAUAGAAAUGAAGCUGAAAAGCAUUCAGAUAUUGAAGACAAUACUCUAGAAAAUAACCAUGAUAAAAUAGAAAAUCUAGAGGGUUCUCCUGCGGAUCAGGAUGAAGCAGGGGACAAAUUAGCAGAUGUACUUGAUGAUGAUGAUGAUGAUGAUGAUGAUGAUGAAGCCAGUGAUAGUCAUGGGAGUGAAGGAUCUUUGCAUAAUAAAGUGGAAGAGAAUGCAAAAGAAGCUGAGGAAGAACCUAUUGUUAAAUCUGAAACUGAUAUAAAGGUCAGAAACAAAGAGUCUUCUGAUGAAAUCAUCAAUAAGGGGAAUGAUGCAUCUGAAAAUACUGAGGGAUUAUCAAGGGAAGAAUUGGGCCGGCUUGUUGCUUCACGUUGGACAGGAGAAAAUACUGAUAAGCCAAGUGCUGAACCUGAUACAACAUUAGACAAUGAAGAUCGGGAAGAUCCAAAGGGGAAAAAUAAUGAGGAAUAUGAAGGCUAUGCUUCUGAAACUGAUGAUGACAACAACAAAUAUGAUGAUGACAGCCACAAAUACGACGAUGAAGAUGAAGUUGAUGAUGAAUAUCGAGAGGAUGAGCAUGAUGACCUUUCUUCCUCCUACAAAUCUGAUUCUGAUAAUGAACCAGACUUGUCAGAUAAUCCUUCUUGGUUAGAGAAAAUACAGAGAACUGUACGCAAUAUUUUUCAGGUUGUUAAUUUAUUCCAGGCUCCAGUGAACCAGACAGAUGCUGCUCGUGUACGCAAGGAAUAUGAUGAAUCAAGUGCCAAGUUGUCGAAAAUACAGUCUAGAAUAUCAAGUCUGAAGCAAAAGCUAAAACAUGAUUUUGGUCCAGCAAAGGAGUUUUAUUCAUUCUAUGAUCAUUGCUUUGAGGGCAAGGAGAACAAGUACACUUACAAAGUCUGCCCCUAUAAGCAGGCUUCUCAGGAGGAGGGUUAUUCCAAUACCCGUUUGGGGAGCUGGGACAAAUUUGAGGAUUCGUACAGAGUAAUGGUGUUUUCUAAUGGUGAUAAAUGCUGGAAUGGUCCAGAUAGGAGUUUGAAGGUCAAGUUAAGAUGCGGGUUGAAAAACGAGAUUACUGAUGUAGAUGAACCAAGCCGUUGCGAAUAUGUAGCUGUAUUAUCUACCCCGACCCUUUGCCAAGAGGAAAGGCUGAAGGAGUUACAACUCAAACUAGACCUUUUGAAUUCGGAAAUACCAGCAAACCAUGACGAGUUGUGAACAACCGGGACAGAUUUUAACUGGUAGUAUGAUGAUCAUAGAGCAAAUGAAGAAGUGGUGCCCUAAGUUUUGUAUGCUAGAGCUUACACAAAUAUGAUAUCGGGUGAGGUUAGGGAGAGGCUAGAAGCUGAUUUGACUUGGGGUUGGUAAUCCUUGUGGUUGUCCAAGUUUGCAACAUUCUAAUAUGACUCAUCCCGCACAUUUUUCCUUUAUUGAACUCAAUUACGAAAUGGUCUGUGUGCCUCUCCUUGAAAUUGUCCAUUCCAUACCAAAGGAUGGAUAUUUAUACUAUGCAAGAUACUGGACAGUCAGAAUUUCUUGAGCCAAAAUUAUUUGUUGGAAUGAGUUCACGUUAUUAUUGAUUCUUACAUGGAUUUGUGCCA